AACAAAGUUUGAGGCACAGCCUUACAUCACUCACUCUCCUCCCGAACUGCUGGAACUGCUGGGGGACGGCCGAGGUGCAAGGCUGAGUCAGCCCAGAGGAUCUGGCCAGCGAGCCGCCAGCCCCCGUGCUGGGGACCGGAGUCCCUGGAAGCCUACUCUCCCCACUCCAAGGAGCAAGAGAAGCUUGUGACUCCACCAAGGCAGGGACAGCGAGGGCUCCUGAAGCGGCAUCCGUGACCUCGAGCAGCCCUAGGGGGCUGCAGACAGGACUUGGGUCUCUCUGCCCGGCCAGCUCAUCGUGAUGCAUUCAUUGAUCGCUGAAGCCUCUCAAGUUUGGAGACAAGGAAGAAACACCCACUGACUCUCCAGGACAGCUGCGUUUCACAGACCCUGGAGAGCAGCUCUUCUCCCUCAGAGCCUGUGAAAAUGUCCCUCUCCCAAGGAGGUGGGAGCUGAAGAAGACGCAUUGUCACAGACCCUCAGGACUUGGACGCACACACACUGUAAUCGCUAAGAAAGCCAUGAGGAAGCUGCUGCCUCUUUGCUGCUGGCACUCCUGGCUGCUGUUAUUUUAUGGAGAGUUUCAGGUGUGCGGAGCCCACUCCAGGUCUGGUGCCCAUCCAGGAUUUGAGGUCUUGGCUUCAGCUUCCCAUUACUGGCCAUUGGAAAAUGUGGAUGGGAUCCAUGAACUUCAGGAUACAACCAGAGGAACCUACGACCUAACUGUGCUUCCUUCCCAUGACUCUACCUUUGUGUAUACCAAUGGCCCUACCUACUCAAAUCUCUCUGCAACUGUGGAUAUUGUAGAAGGAAAGAUCAACAAAGGCAUUUACCUCAAAGAGGAAAAGGGAGUCACACUUCUCUAUUACGGAAGGUACAAAACUUCUUGCAUCAGUAACCCGGCACAGUGUGGCCCUGAAGGUGUCACCUUCUCUUUCUUCUGGAAGACACAAGAACAGUCCAGACCAAGCCCCUCUGCUUAUGGGGGGCAGGUCAUUUCCAGCGGGUUCAAAGUCUGCUCCAGCGGCGGCAAGGGCUUGGUAGAGCUGUACAUGCGCGAGAAUUCCAUGACCUGGGAGGCCAGCUUCAACCCCCCAGGUCCCUACUGGACGCACGUCCUGUUUACGUGGAAAUCCAAGGAGGGCCUGAAAGUCUAUGUCAACGGGACCCUGAGCACCUCGGAUCCAAGUGGAAAGGUGGCCCAUGCCUAUGGGGAGCCCGGCGGCAGCCUCGUGAUGGGGCCCGAGCAGGAGCAGGCCCAGCGGCACGAGAGCAGGGCUUUUGACGAGUUCAUUGUCUGGGAACGAGCCCUGACUCCAGAUGAGAUUGCCAUGUACUUCACAGCCGCCGUCGGAAAGCAUGUUUUCUUAUCUUCAACACCACCAAGCUUCUUCAUGACACUCCCAGCAAAUGCCAUGAUGCCCACCAACGCCUACCAUCCCAUCAUAGCCAACCUAACAGAGGAGAGGAAAAACUUCCAGAGUCCUGACAUUGCACUGAAUUACCUUCAAAAUGUGUCCCUCAGCUUACCCAACAAACACCUCUCCGAGGAAACAGCGCUGAAUCUCACCGAGACUUUCUUAAAAACUGUGGGAAAGGUUCUUCAACUACCCAGUUGGAUUCAUGUGUCAGAGGACAACACUGUGGUGCUGGGCUUGAUAGACACAGUCGACACUGUCAUGGGCCACAUCGCUUACAACCUGCACACCAGCGAGCCCCAGGUCACCAUCGCGGGCUCUUCUUCCAUAGCAGAGUUUUCACUGGCCAGAGUCCUUCCAAAGACCAUGAAUUCCACCCACUACCGCUUCCCAGCCCAGGGCCAGAGCUACAUCGAGAUUCCCCACGAGGCUUUCCAUAGCCAAGCCUGGACCACCAUCGUGGGCCUUCUCUACCGCACCGUGCACGGCUACUUGAACAACAUCCAGCCGGCCAACACUAGGAUUGCUGAGGCGGCAAAGUAUAAACACUGCUUGCUGUCUGUCACCAGCCACCUGAUUUCCCUGGAGGUCUCCCCAGCACCCACCCUCUCCCAAAACCUGUCUGACUCUCCUCUUAUCACCGUCCACCUCAGGCACAAACAGACUGGCCAGCAGUACAGCAAGGCCUCCAAUGCAAGCAGCCGGACCCUCCUGUACUGUGCCUUCCUGGACUUCAGCUCCGGAGAAGGGGUCUGGUCGGACCAGGGCUGUGCGCUCAUAGCAGGGAACCUCAGCUACUCCGUCUGCCGCUGUACUCACCUCACCAACUUCGCCAUCCUCAUGCAGGUGGUCCCACUGGAGGUUAUGUCAGGCAGCACCUAUGCAGACCGUGGGUCCUUCCUCGAGGACCUGGCGCAGACAGGAAGGCAGCCUGUUGGGACUUUCUGCCUUGGUCACUGUGCUGUAAAACCCUUGCAUGGUGGGGGCGUGGGCCAUGGGCUCCCAGCCCAGGUGCCCUCCUGGGAAUCCAUGCCUGCCUGUGCCCCUCCUGUGCCCACCCUCUUCCCUGGCCCAGCUGCCCCCACAGGUCCUUCUCCCUGCAUGUGUGGCUCUGCUGUGGAUGUCCUGUUCACACAGGGUCCCCUGAGUGGUGCCCAGGACAGAUGGGGUGCAGCUGGGAAGGAUCCCCAUGCUCAGGGGCCAGGCUCACCUGCGCUGUUUCUGGCCUGGCUCUUCCCCACGGGGAGUGCCUUGGGCACUGGUCUGCUCAUCAGCAGUCAGGGACUCUGCCAACCCGAGGACUCCAGGGGCCAAUGGGAACAAGGGAUGGGCUGUGCCAGCCUCUGCUCCUGCCAAGGUCUCCCUCUUCUGAUCUGCACUGUGUCCAUCUCGUUUGCCAUGGACAGUUACGGGACAAGUAACAACUGCUGGCUGUCACUCGAGAGCGGUGCCAUCUGGGCCUUCGUGGCCCCUGCCCUGGCGGUCAUCGUGGUCAACACUGGCAUCCUCAUUGCCGUGACCAGGGUCAUUUCACAGAUCAGUGCCGACAACUACAAGAUGCAUGGAGAUCCCAACGCCUUCAGGUUGACUGCAAAAGCCGUGGCUGUGCUGCUGCCCCUCCUGGGAACCUCGUGGGGCUUUGGCGUGCUUGCUGUCAACAGCCAGGCCGUGGUCUUCCAAUACGUGUUUGCCAUACUCAACUCCUCACAGGGCUUUUUCAUCUUCCUCUUUCACUGUCUCCUGAAUUCAGAGGUGAGAGCCGCGUUCAAGCACAAGACCAAGGUCUGGUCUCUGGCGAGCAGCUCUGCCCGUAACACCAACGUGAAGCCCUUCAACUCUGACCUCGUGAGUGCAGAGUGAGGUCCCAUCUACAUCCCCCUCCCCUUUGCCUGCCUCUGUCCUGGACACCCUCAGGCUCGGGGUC